AACCUCCAUUCGCAAGGAACUGAUCCAAAAUUACGAAAUUAAAAUGAAAAUAUUUGUUUUUGAGGAACUCAACACUUUCCAGCUGUUUGUCGUAUCCACUGUGAUACCGGCGGUGUUCGUUUUCCUGUGGAUUCUGAUAUCUGGCGAUAUGAAGAACUUCAAGGGCAGCAAAUUGGCAUACUCAGUUUAUACGGCCAAGGAUCCCAUUAAUUGCUAUCAAGAUUACGAACCGGAAAAACAAAAGGACAAAUAAACUACAUAUGUACAUACAUAAGUGCCCGGAUGGAUUAUCUUUUAACUUGUAUAUAUGUAUAAGAAUUUAGUGACGAUCCGAGGAUUUGUAGAAAAAAAUAAUAAACCUUUAAUAU